GAGAGAGAAGCAGCGGCGGGUGUGCUUCGGCACGUCCUAUGCGGAAUCCUCGCAUCACAGUCGGGAUUCGGAGCUGGUUUUUGUGUCCUUGGAGGUACUGCGUGGAUCCCUGUGUGCACACGCGGCUGGAGGCCACCAUCGUGCUGGAGGAGAGGCAGUGCGGCGAGGACAUGAGCAAUGGGAAAGACCCACUAUGGACGCCCUUAAGAGGAUGCUUUCUGACGUUUACCGUGAUGACGUGUGCAGUUUCAGUAGUAUACCACGUCACACCAGUACUACUUGUGCAUUUUUGUGGGGUCUAACCUGCCUGCAAAAGGACGUAUGAAAACACUUCACCUGUUGAAGGCCUGCUCUUCACUUUCUGUCACGCUGAGUCCCCCAUCACCUAUCAACAUGACGACUUCAGCCCUGCGCAGGCAGGUGAAGAACAUAGUGCACAACUAUUCCGAGGCGGAGAUUAAGGUCCGUGAGGCAACCUCAAAUGACCCCUGGGGGCCGUCAUCUUCGCUCAUGUCAGAAAUUGCUGACUUGACAUUCAAUGUCGUGGCUUUUGCUGAGGUCAUGGGUAUGGUGUGGAAGCGCCUCAACGACAGCGGCAAGAACUGGAGGCACGUCUACAAGGCACUGACGCUGUUGGACUACCUGCUGAAGACGGGAUCAGAGAGAGUGGCUCAACAGUGUCGGGAAAACGCCUUCACUAUUCAGACUCUUCGUGAUUUCCAGUAUGUCGACCGCGACGGCAGAGACCAAGGGGCCAAUGUUCGAGAGAAAGCUCGCCAACUGGUGUGUCUCCUUCGGGAUGAUGAGCGCCUUCGCCAAGAGCGGAGUCAAGCUCUGAAAACCAAGGAGCGCAUGGCGGCUGGAGGCAGUGGAGGAGGAGGAGGAGCAGCAGCAGCAGUCGCCGGGGGAGGUGGUGGAGGAGGUGGGAUGUAUGGAGGAAUACCACCAUCCUACCACCCGGGCAGACGAACAAGCCAGCCCAGCAUGGCUGUGCUAUACGGGGAAGAUGUUAGUCGCUCCAGGGGUUCUCCAUCCUCCUUUAAUUCAGCCUCAUCCUCAUCUCCUCGGGCUGCCUCGGACCUGGAGCAGGCUCGACCGCAAACCAGCGGGGAAGAGGAGCUCCAGCUCCAGCUGGCCUUAGCUAUGAGCAGGGAGGAGAGUCAGAAGGAGAAGCGCUGUCGCCAAGGAGAUGAGUCCCUGCUACGGAAGGUCCUGGAUGAGAGCAGGAGAGAAAACCAGUCAGGGACAGAGGAGGCGACCAUGGUGGACCUAGCAGACUUGUUUGCCCCAUCAUCUGAGAGGCAACCGCCGACCGGUGACCCGUGGAACUCUGCCCAGCCUUCCUGUAACGUCACCUCCGACCCCUGGGAUUUUGUAGCAGCCAAGUCCGACACUCCUGUAGUCGGUAGCCCCUGGACUGCGCCGCCGCCACCCUCCAUUGCGACUAAUCCUUGGGCGCCGUGUGCCAACUCGCGCGGAGAGCCGUGGGAAGCGGCGGCGGCGGCCACCUGCACCCCUGCCAACCACACAUGGGACGCAAUAUCUGAGCGAGGAAGUGAAGGGAGAGAUGCAUUCAGCGCACAGGGAGACGAGACGCUUCAACAGGACAUUCCUCAACUGUCUUCUCCUGCCAGUCUGACAGAUUCUGAGCUGCGUAGGUCAGCAGAUAUGUUUCCUGGUGCGGAUCCGAGCACAGAUCCAUUUAGGAAUGAGCCUCUGGCGAAACCCCAAGAAAACGGACGAGACUCGACCAGUCCGGAGAUGUUUGAUCUGUCUCGGCUCGCACCCCCCGUCAGUGCUGCACGUGUGUGUCGGACGCCUGAGGCCUUCCUCGGACCUACUGGGGCCUCCCUGGUCAAUUUGGAUGCCCUGAUACCUGCAACGCCCCGAAGCAAGAUGAAGAACAACCCCUUCCUCUCAGGUCUGAGCGCCCCAUCUCCCACAAACCCCUUCCACUGUGACCAGCCUCGCCUUACCCUCAAUCAAAUGCGUCCAUCCUCUACGUCUCCCAUGCCCCCCCACAUGAUAUCCUAUAGUCCGUCGCUUCCACUCCCUCUCCCUCACAGGGGGGCCGCCCUCCCCUCGUCGCUCACACAACCACCUGCCGGACUCAUGGACCUCCCCUCCAACCUCCCCCGGCCCCUGCUCCCUCUUUCGCCCAGGCCGGGGGCCCGUACACAAUCCCCAGCACAGACACUCGGCCACAACCCCUUCCUCUGAGACUCAUUUCAUGUGGACGAGGAUGUCAUUCUUCUCUGUGGACUGGAUGUACUCAACAUAUCAGCUGCUAUAUGUAACCUGAACUCUUGAAGAAAUGCACACGCACUCACCUAUCACUACGCUGUCCUAAACAUAUUUGUUUAUCAGUGCCAGCUGAUAAACAAAUAUGCGAAUGCAGCUUGUAUUUACAACUCCGUACAGUAGAUGGCAGUGUAACUCUGCUUCUUAACACACAGGUAUCAAUACUAGUGAUUGUUGUUGCAAACUAUGUCAUGUAAAUUAGACUGUACAAAACCCAAAACCAGUGAAGUUGGCACGUUGUUUAAUUCGUAAAUAAUAAUAAUAAUUUUCAACUUAUAUUCAAUUGAAUAGACUGCAAAGACAUGAUAUUUAAUGUUCAAACUAAGAAACUUAAUUUUUUUUUUGCAAAUAAUCAUUAACUUAGAAUUUAAUGGCAGCAACACAUUGCAAAAAAGUUUUUAACAAUGUGUUACAUGGCCUUUCCUUUUAAUCACACUCAGUAAACGUUUGGGAACUGAGGAGACCAAUUUUUGAAGCUUUUCAGGUGGAAUUAUUUCCCAUUCUUGCUUGAUGUACAGCUUACGUUGUUCAAUAGUCCGGGGUCUCGGUUGUGGUAUUUUAGGCUUCAUAAAGCGCCACACAUUUUCAAUGGGAGACAGGUCUGGACUACAGGCAGGCCAGUCUAGUACCCGCACUCUUUUACGCUGAAGCCACGCUGUUGCAACACGUGGCUUGGCAUUGCCUUGCUGAAAUAAGCAGGGGCGUCCAUGGUAACGUUGCUUGGAUGACAACAUAUGUUGCUCCAAAACCUGUAUGUACCUUUCAGCAUCAAUGGUGCAGUCACAGAUGUGUAAGUUACCCAUGCCUUGGGCACUAAUACACCCCCAUACCAUCACAGAUGCUGACUUUUCAACUUUGCGCCUAUAACAAUCCGGAUGUUUCUUUUCCUCUUUGGUCCGGAGGACACAACGUCCACAGUUUCCAAAAACAAUUUGAAAUGUGGACUCGUCAGACCACAGAACACUUUUACACUUUGUAUCAGUCCAUCUUAGAUGAGCUCGGGCGUUUCUGGGUGUUGUUGAUGAAUGGCUUUCGCUUUGCAUAGUAGAAUUUUAACUUGCACUUACAGAUGUAGAUACGAACUGUAGUUACUGACAGUGGGUUUCUGAAGUUUUCCCGAGCCCAUGUGGUGAUAUCCUUUACACACUGAUGUCACUUUUUGAUGGAGUACCCCCUGAGGGAUCGAAGAUCCGUAAUAUCGCUUAUGUGCAGUGAUUUCUGCAGAUUCUUCCUUUUGAUGAUAUUACGGACCAUAGAUGGUGAAAUCCCUACAUUUCUUGCAAUAGCUCGUUGAGAAAUGUCGCUCUUAAACUGUUCGACAAUUUGCUCACGCAUUCGGUCACAAAGUGAUGACCCUCGCCCCAUCCUUGUUUGUGAAUGACUGAGCAUUUCAUGGAAGCUGCUUUUAUACCCAAUCAUGGGACCCACCUGUUCCCAAUUAGCCUGUUCACCUGUGGGAUGUUCCAAAUAAGUGUUUGAUGAGCAUUCCUCAACUUUCUCAGUCUUUUUUGCCACUUGUGCCAGCUUUUUUGAAACGUGUUGAAGGCAUCCAAUUCCACAUGAGCUAAUAUUUGCAAAAAAUUUAGUUUUCCAGUUCGAACGUUAAGUAUCUUGUCUUUGCAGUCUAUUCAAUUGAAUAUAGGUUGAAAAUGAUUUGCAAAUCAUUGUAUUCUGUUUUUAUUUACCAUUUACACAAUGUGCCAACUUGACUGGUUUAGGGGAUGCAGUAGAUGCAGUCCUCUAGGACAGGGGCCCCCAACCUUUUUCCCAGCAGGGACUGGUUUAAUGUAUGCACUAUUUUCACGGACCGGCUUUCCACAUGUGGUGGAUAAAAACAGCAACAAAAAAAAAAUGAGCAUGAAAAAUCAAACCACCAUAACUUUGGCUACAAUCUGGCACAUUAACAUUUUAUAUGUCCAUUAAUGUGCAUUGUCCCAUGUACUGUAACAGAGGAGUUGUAAUAUACAUAUUUUAACACGUUUAUUGGUGUGUUUAGUGGGACAGGCGAAAGUUAAGUCGGAGAAAAUGUGGUAGUAUAUAAAUUAAUUAAUGUUUCUUUGAGGCCCGGUAGCAAAUGCGUCGGUCCCCGGACCGGUGGUUGGGGACCACUGCUCUAGGACACACUGGAUUUGUGGUACAGUAGUACCUCAACUUAGGACAUUAAUUGGUUCUGUGACGGAGCUCUUAACUCAAAAUACUUGUAUAUCAUUGAAAAUAGUUUGUGGUGAUUGGCCCACCAAAACAGCACAAUUUUAUCAUGUCACAUGCCUUUUAAAAAGAAAAAGAAAAAUUCAGAUAAGAAAUAUUGUACGGAAAUGAUACAAUAGAAUGAUAACUACAUUAGUUUUAUGAAAUAGUAAUAAAGAUAAUAAUAAUACACAGCAUUUACCUUGGAGAGUGGACGUAUAUCUACAGUAUCUCCUUCCAGCUCAGUCAAACACACCAUCAGCAGCUUUUCCACCUAUUUUCAUGGAUACAUGUCCACCAUUUUAAUACUAUUUUAACAUUCUGAGCUGGCAUUAGACUCAAUCUGUUUCAUCAUGGUGCAGACGAGCAAUGAUUUACGCUCAAAAAUUGCUUUGCCAAGUUGGCGACACGCUCCGUCGUGUUUUUGAUGUUGUCUUUCUAUAAUUCAGUCAAUAUCAUCCACCUUAUUUGAAUUUGACUUUAUUAAAUGUUUGGGUAGCAUUUUACUAAACAAAACCAGUUUUCUUUUAAAGGGGAACGUUAUCACAAUUUCAGAAUGGUUAAAACCAUGAAAAAUCAGUUUUUUUCAAAAUUUUACCCAUCACGCAAUAUCCCUAAAAAAAGCUUCAAAGUGCCUGAUUUUAACCAUCGUUAUAUACACCCGUCCAUUUUCCUGUGACGUCACAUAGUGAUGCCAACACAAACAAACAUGGCGGAAAGAACAGCAAGAUAUAGCGACAUUAGCUCGGAUUCAGACUCGGAUUUCAGCGGCUUAAGCGAUUCAACAGAUUACGCAUGUAUUGAAACGGAUGGUUGUAGUGUGGAGGCAGGUAGCGAAAACGAAAUUGAAGAAGAAACUGAAGCUAUUGAGCCAUAUCGGUUUGAACCGUAUGCAAGCGAAACCGACGAAAACGACACGACAGCCAGCGACACGGGAGAAAGCGAGAACGAAUUUGGCGAUCGCCUUCUAACCAACGAUUGGUAUGUGUUUGUUUGGCAUUAAAGGAAACUAACAAUUAUGAACUAGGUUUACAGCAUAUGAAAUACAUUUGGCAACAACAUGCACUUUGA